AUGCUGUGUAUCCUCCCCGACGAGCUUCUGCUCAUUACAGGCGUCACCGGCCACGUUGGCUUCGCCGUUCUCACUCAUGCCCUGAGGGCAGGCCACACCGUCCGCUGCGCCGUCCGCUCAGAGGCAAAGGCCGCUUUCAUCCGCUCCCGGCCACAGAUUCGCGCACUCAACCUACCCCGCGCGAGACUCAACUUCACCAUCGUGCCAGACAUCACCACCGAUGGCGCCUACGACGAUGCCAUCCGCGGCGUCUCCGCAGUGGUUCACGUUGCUUCACCACUCGCGACCGCCGAUUCAGUACCUCGCGAUCUGCACCAGGAGUACUUCAUCCAGCCCGCCGUCCGCGGCACUCUCGGUAUGCUCGAGGCUGCCAAGCGCGCCGGCACUGUCCGCAGGGUCGUCAUCACCAGCUCCGUCGUCGCCCUCACCUCAGUAGACCACCUCGAGGGCCGCGAGCGGAAGGAGCCUGUCCAGCCCACGGAGAGGACUGGCUUCAAGCCUGAGCCGUAUGAGAGCGAGUUCGCCGCCUACGCUGCUUCCAAGGUGGCUGCUCUCAAGGGUGCCGAGGCGUGGAUUGCGAGAGAGCAGCCUCGCUUUGAGGUCGUGCACUUGCACCCUUCCUUCGUUAUCGGCCGCAACGACAUCGCGACCACGGCAAGCGAGGCGAUGAAGGGCACCAACGCCGUCAUCCUCGCCACCCUUCGCGGCAAGAAGAUGGGAUGCAGCUACCCCGGAGCGACAGUUCACGUCGACGAUGUCGCCCGCGCCCACGUCCAGGCUCUCCUGCCUUCUGUCCCGGGCAACAAGAGCUACAUUCUCAGCACCAAGUCCCGCUGGAACGACGCGAAGCUCAUUGCCAAGAGGAGCUUCCCCGAGGCUGUUGAGAGGAAGCUGAUUGUCAGCAGCGGCUCGGUCGGCACGGUCAACAUUGACUUUGACGCUUCCGCCUCGGAGAAGGUGUUUGGCUUCCAGCUCCAGGGCUUCGAGGAGCAGGUGCGCAGUGUGGUUGGGCACUUUGUCGAGCUGAGACUGCUGAGACGCCCUGCGCUCCCCACGGUUUCUUCGUCUUCGAUGGCGGUUAACCAGCAUUUGAGGCCUGAGAUUGUGGCCGCAUAG